AAAGUGAUUAUUUUAAGUGCUACACAGUAUGUUAUGUUGUGGAAAUCUUUUGACCCUCUAAAUUCUGGAAUGUAGUCGUAAUGCUGAAAGCAGCAAUGUAAAAUAUAAAAAAAAUUUUAGUCAUUUCUCAUUGCUGGUUACAUUGCUACUGUUGAUACAAUACUAAUGCAAACAUAGCAGACUAAAAAUAUGCAUUAUUAAAACACAUUCAUUACAUUAUUACUGCAACCCAAUGAUAGUGGCCUGCGAGUGUCAAAACUCAUUGGUUUCCUGGCGUAACACCAAUUUUCGCGUUGCGUUCAGUGUCCAAUAUGGCAGCAGCAAAUGGCGAGUAGAACCCGGAUAAAAACAAAAGUUGGGUAGAUGUUUGUGAAAGGACGGUGGCCCCCGAGUGUCAAAAGUCGUUGGUUGUCUUUGUAUAGACGCUUUUCGCGUUUCGCUUCCUGUCAAGCAUGGCGGGAGCGAACAGCCAGUAGAGUGGCGGCCGGACGAAGACGAGUGUGCAGGACAUGGAUGAGCAAGUGGAUGGCGUGGAGCGUGUGACAGAGACCCCGAGCCACCCGGACACCCACAUCUUCAAGGCAGAGGACAAUGUGCAGGAGAACAGGAAGAUGCCUGCUGAGGGAACUCUUGACUCACAGGAACAUCCAGUCGCCAUGCUGGUUGCGGAUGACUCCCAGCACGGCCAGAACCCGUCUGAACCUGGAGAUCGGAGCAGCCGGUCGGAGCAGUUGAUCAUCUUCGAUCAGAAUGGUCAGGCUCUUCAGUGUGAUCGCAUGGUGAUUGUAACAGGGCAGUCAGAGGGUGAAUUAUAUGUCCUUCCAUCAAGUCAUUUGGGCAGGGCACAAGUGUUGCUUCCUCAAGGGGGACUGUUGGAUAUCGCUGACUCGACAGGUCCCUGCGAGGAGAAGACAGUCCAUGAAGAGCUCCAGACCGUCACCAUGACGGCAAUCGCCAACAGCACACCCGGACUAACUGUGGUGACACCACCCCCAGGCGCGCCCACAGAAGCAGCAGAAAACUCUCCAGACUGCUUCACAGAGCCCCUACAGCCUCUGCCACCCAGUGCUCCCAGUUGGGCUCAUAGACUGCACAACUGUGAGAAGAUCGGGGAGUCGUAUCGGGGUUUCUGCACCACAGAGACUGAGCUGGAGGCUGUGCUGAUGCUUCACAAGCAGGAAACCCACAGUGUGUUUGGGACCCGUCAGUCUCCAUCCCCUGCCAAGCCUGCUACACGCCUCAUGUGGAAAUCGCAAUACGUGCCAUAUGAUGGGAUCCCCUUUGUUAAUGCAGGCAGCAGGGCCAUCGUUAUGGAGUGCCAGUUUGGACCUCGACGGAAGGGCCUCCAGCCUAAGAAGGUGACUGAGCAGGAAAACAGCCAGAAUCCUCAGUACAAGGCUACUUGCCCUGCCAGGAUUUACAUUAAAAAGGUGCGGAAAUUUCCAGAAUACAGUGUGCCUACAGACCCAAAGGUGGACAAGAAAGUGGUCCGUCAGGAGCAGGAGAAAGCCUUCUUCAACUUGAAGAAGAGUUUAUGGGAUGCAGGUGGAGUCCUACGGUAUUAUGUCCAACUGCCAACACAGAAAGCCCAUCUCUACCAUGAUGUGGACCCACCUCUCCUGCCCCCAUCUCCUGUCCAAUUGCCCCUGCCAAACAAGGAGGAGCUUCUAGAGAACAAGAAUGACAGGAUGGCGAGGGAAGGGGUUGACACAGAGCAGGCAGAGGAUGGAAGCUGCGUGCCCUCUCGUUUGCAUCCUCGCGUGGCAGAGAAAAUCUGUGAGCUGGUAGCACAAGGCCACAGUCAGGUGUACACAGUUCGCAAGCAGCUUAGGAAGUUUGUGGAGCGAGAGAUGUUCAAGUCGGAUGAGGUCCCCGAGAGGCACAACCUCUGCUAUUUCCCCACGGUGAACGAUAUUAAGAACCACAUUCAUGAGGCUCAGAAGGCACUGCAGCAGAACAGGGCAGACCUUGGAGUUUCAGCCACAGACACACAGUGGACAACAGAUGCCGAAAACCCCUUGACCGAGACUGUGACCCUUACCCUGACUCAGACCCCUGGGCCGGUAGAAGUGGCUCAGAAGACUGGGGUUCUGGAGGGGACUGAAACCAUGUCCCCAGAGGCAGUCCAGCUCUUCAGCUCCCUCACUGCCAUACAGCCCAAGAUCUUUGCACAACUGCGAGGUAUCCAGCUCCAGCCAGUCCUGUGCCCAGGUGAAGGACUUCCCCCUCAGCCACCAGUAGCCCUGUCCUGUUCUGGUCCAGAACUUCUGGACCCAUCCAACCAGAACCAAUUUCUCCAGCCUAGCGCCUCCUUGGUAGAGGGUAUUUCCCUAACAGACAGCUCUGGGCUGCUGGGCAUGGGGCAGCUUGUCAGUGUAUCAGUUUUGGGGGAUGGCCCCUCUGACAGCAGGGUGCAGCAAAUUCUUCUGGGAGAUGCACAGACCAUCCCUGUGCAAAUUGUGGAGGCAGCUGAUAUCGGUGAGACUAGUUUCAUUCUACAGCAUCACACUAAAACAGGUAGAGAUGACAAAUUGGUCCCCCGUAGCUCUCACAAAGAACUAUACCAGUAUUGUACCACCCACUUCAAAUACCAAAGAAAUAACCACAGUUACAUGAGCACAUUGCUUUCAAGUAAAGGAAGUCUUACUCAGCUGUGGAGUGGAGGCCAACUUUCACACUAUUACUUUCUUUCAGCAGGAAACAGUCCAGGGGAGCAGAUCAAGUGCAACAGGAUUUACCCUCCAGCACCUUCUGGGGACUGAAAAACAAGGACCAGUGGUGUGCAGAUACAGGACUGGGUUAUUCCAGCAUGUACACAUGUGGGCCAUUUCAGUCUUUUAUGGCGUAAGGACCAUGGAGGAGACCAAGUUCUCAGGACAAACUUUGGGAUCCGCUGGGGGCAGGUACCCAAGUUGAAUCUUCACUGGGUUUGUGCUGAGGUACAUGGAAAGUGUGGAUUUAUGAAAUAAAUCCAGCAGCACUAUGCAAAGCAUAUGCUUCUUCAUAAUGUUUCUGACAUCUGAGGACAAGGCUUGCUAGCCACACAUUGUUUACUCAAUUUCUUUGGAUAUGUUCUGUCACGUUUCAACUGAAACUGGUUUCAAUACACAGUAGAUUAUCUAGUAGACUGGUACAACAAGCAGCUCAAGGGAAAGUGCAUCCCUUUCAAAUGGAUCUGAUUUAACAAAAUUAAGUACUUAAUGCUGCAUCUGUAAAUUUUGGGCUAUAGGAGAGACAUCACCAGUUUUGACAAGAUUUU